UUUCAGAAAUAAUAUAAAAUGAAGUUUUAACCGUUAGAAAGUUUUUUAUGUGACAUGGUACGCAAUAUGAAUGAUUUAUCAACAAAUUACUGCACCUCAAAAACACUUUCACUUUCAAAUGCUGAUGAGAAAAAUUGUAAAAUCUAUUCAUUAGAAAGCGAAAAAUCUAAUAAACCUAGUGUUCGUGUUGGUAUUCCUGCGUUGUUUACUUUGCAAAGAAGUAUUGAUGAAGAUACAAUGCAUGAGUUUCCUGAUAGCCAAUUAUCUUCCAGUCGUAGCAGGUUAAACAGCACUGAUAAUAGAGAAGUUAUUGAAGUUGGAUCUAUAAAAAAAGUAUCAGAUGCAAAGGCAAUGUUUGAAAACAUGUCUGUUGAACUUAAACAUAGAGGAAAUACCCCAAAGCAUAUUGCAAAAGCGUUAAAUUUAAACACAAAUGAAAAAGUUUCUAAUAAGGUGGUUAGCAAAAACUCAAUUGAAGAUGGAAUGCCAAUGCAUGCAAAAACUAGAUCAUUACCUAUAGAUGUAAUGACAAAAGAUUUGCACAACUAUGCAGGUACAACUUUGACUUAUAAGAAUAAUCGCUUGUAUAAAGAUUCUGUUUCGGAUAUUCAAAAAUCAGCAUGUUUUGAUGAGAAAGAUGAUCAAGAAGAUGUUUCUAAUUUUACGGAUACUAACAAGUCGUAUGAUAACAACAAAUCGUAUCAUUAUAAAACUACUGGGAAUAGCAACCAACUUGAUCAGCAAUUGUUUCCUAGUUAUUCAACUGAUGAUGUUAGAUAUGAUCAAAAAGAUAAGUGCAAAACUACUAUAAAAAAUGACCCUGCUGAUGAGUUGAGGCAGGCUGCUAACAGAUACCAUCAAGAACUUAUGAAAAAUUACCCAAAAUUUAGACAUUCAAUUUUCUUAAAUGACAAUGCAUCAAAAAUGUCACGGAAAGUUUCUAAUCAACCAGAAAACACAUUUAAUAGGGGAGAACCUACUCGAGCAACUAUUGCAUCAACAAGCUCAAACUUUAAAGCACACUCUAAAUCAGUUAGUAAUUCUUCUGAAUUGUGUGAUAUGAAUAAUUUAAUGCUUAGCAACAAUUCAAUAAUUCUUAGCAACAAUUCUAUAAUGGGUAGGUUAUUAAAUGACGAAAGUCAAGGAGCUUCUGUAUAUAAAAUUGACGGAACAAACAUAAGGACAUUUUCAAACAGCUCUAGAGAGGAUACUCCUCUUGUCCAAUCAAAUCGUGUAUUAACACAAGCAGAACCUAAAGCCAUUCAAAUUAAAGAUACAGAUGAGUGUAGUCAAAUUAUUGAUAAAAAAUCAAUCUCAGAACUCGCUACUAACGACACUUUCAUGAAUCGACUUGAUAGCAUAACUUCUAUAGCUGAUUCGACCAAAUCAAGCCAAUAUGAAGGCAACCAAGGUCUUUAUUUUCGUUCAAAUUCGCCAGCUUGUAGCCAGAAUCUUGUUUCAACAAAUGUUUACCCAAUACCCAGCGCGUUAUAUAGGCAUGUAGAAACAGAUAUAGACUCACCAGAGGCUGAAGCUUUAAUUCAUCAAAGAGCCUUAAGUAGUGACAGUGCUGUUUACUUGAGCGAGAAUCAACAUAAAUGUGACUUAAAUAACCAAUAUACAAGUAUGAGUGAUUUAGAUAUAGUUUCUUUAAAGCACUCUGCUCAAAAUGAUUCUGACGAUAUAAACUUGUUACCGCCUCCUCCAGACGAUCUUUUAUGUGAUGAAAUUACGAAUGAAACAAAUAUAGAAAGAGAAAAACCACAGCGCACAAUUAAUCGUAAAAAGAAUAACUAUUAUGGUUUAAAUAGUCGAAACAACUCUUGUGUAAGCACAGACUCGACUACAAGCACUGGUACAGCGGAUUCGGGUAUUGGGGUUCGAUCUGACAAUAGCCCUAGUCCAAUAUCUAAUGAUGAGUAUUUUUUAAAUAAACCUUUAUAUGGAUCACAAGAGUGUCUUGAUGAUGAUGUUGCUGAGUUAGAUAUUAUGCCUCACUCUGCGUCUACUCCAGACCAUCGCACAGACAAUUACACAUAUAAUGAUGAAACGGACUUUGAUGAGAGAAAAUGUUCUUAUAACAAAACAGAGAGUACAGAGUGUUUAGCCAUUGGUAAGAAGGUAAAUGAUUUGGACGGCGAAAAGAGUAAAUUAAUAGAAAGCAUGCGCGAAAAAAUCAACGAGUUACGACUGCAAGAGCAAGAGAUUACGGAUGAAAUUCGUGUCAAUGAUAACUUAGGAAAGAUGGUGCUUAAUAUGGUAGAAUCAAAAGCCACUCAAAGCGAAUUUUCGAAAUUCGAAUUGUUUAUAGGUGAACUUAAUAAAAUAGUUGCUCUUCUUCUUUCGCUAACCCAAAGAUUGCAUAGAUACGAGUUAAUGCUACAAGAGCUUGACAUGUCAAACGAAGAAGAUAAAUUGAAAAAGGACGGUUUAAUCUCAAAAAUUGCAAAGCUACAAAGUCAGUUGGAAGAAGCUUGUUAUUUAAAAGAUGUUAACAAUAAACGUGGCGAUAAUGUCGCGCUAUUUCUUGAAAAAUAUUGUACCGACGAUGAAAUAUCGGAUUACCAAUAUUAUAUUGACAUGAAAUCGCAGCUUGCUUUGAUGCAAUCUGAAAUUCGCGAAAAAGUAAAAUUAGGAGAAGAGCGUUUAUCAGCGCUUGAACGAACCGGUUCCGAAUGGGAAUUCAACUGUCAGUAAUAAUUCUAAAUGAUUAUAAUACUUGUAAAAUGUCAUUGAAAAUUAUCGUUUUACGCUCGAGACGUAUUCCUCAAAGUAAAUCUGUAACCACUAGUAUCUCUAAUUUCUUUGGUAGAUUCUCGGGUAGAUUCGUGUUUUUCAAAUAUUUCAAUGAUUUUAUUUUGAGGCAAUUCGGAGGGUCACCAUGGUAAAGUUUAUUUCGUUAUGGAAUUCUGUUUAUGUUGUUAACUGGUCCAACAUGCGAAUUUCAUAUAUUAGGUUGUUGAAUCGAAAAAGCUGGUGUUGAAUAAAUGGCUCUCUAUUUUUAUAAUAAAGAUAUAGUUCUUGAUAAAAUUGUAAACUGUACAUAUUUAAAUCGUAUACUUAUGCAAAUGAAA